AUGUCCAAUAUUCUUGAUGCUGUGUCCAGAGUGAAAUGGGAUCGGAGGACUGCGGCGAAGCGGGCCGUCUUUCUAGCGGCCGCUGCCUACGGUGUGAAAACGCUAUAUCCUAUAAUUUACAGGCAAAUAACCAGAGGAAGGAAUGGCAGAAAUAACCAAGGUGCUAAAGCAGAGGAAAAUGGAUCUAUUUUAUCUGUUUCGUCGCAGACAGAUGUAGAAAUUGUGGGUCGAAGUAAGUCCCCAGGAGUAAAUGCUGAAUUUUUUAAGCAAAUACUUGAACUCAUCAAAAUCCUCUUCCCAAAGCUUAUUUCAAAAGAGCUCGGUUUGCUUUCCUUGCAUUCUGUCGCUUUGAUAUCCCGGACGUUUCUGUCUAUCUAUGUCGCAGGCUUGGAUGGUAAGAUUGUGAAAACAAUCGUUGAAAAGGAACCCAGAAGCUUUACGAUUCAAUUGAUGAAAUGGAUCCUCAUAGCCAUCCCUGCUACUUUUGUGAACAGCGCGAUCCGUUACCUCGAGUGCAAGCUUGCCUUGGCGUUUCGUACUCGGCUGGUGAACCAUGCAUACCAGACCUAUUUUACAGAUCAAACCUAUUAUAAAGUCAGUAACAUGGACGGGAGACUGACUAACCCGGAUCAGUCUCUCACUGAGGACGUCAUGAUGUUUUCGCAGUCUGUGGCGCAUCUCUACUCGAACCUAACCAAACCAAUCUUGGACGUGAUGCUCACCUCCUACACUCUCAUCCAGACUGCCCGGUCCAGGGGCGCCAACGCCAGCGGGCCAACACUAUUAGCCGGCUUGGUAGUGUUCGCUACAGCUAAGGUUCUACGGGCCUGUUCUCCGAAAUUUGGCAAACUCGUGGCAGAGGAGGCCCACAGAAAGGGAUAUCUGCGCUAUGUGCACUCUAGAAUUAUCGCCAAUGCUGAAGAGAUAGCCUUUUACAGGGGCCAUAAGGUGGAGAUGCAGCAGCUUCAGAAGUGCUACCGGGCCUUGGCGGAGCAGAUGAACCUGAUCCUGUCCAAGCGUCUGUGGUACAUCAUGGUGGAGCAGUUCCUCAUGAAGUACGUGUGGAGCGGCUGCGGGCUGGUCAUGGUCGCUGUGCCCAUCAUCACAGCCACGGGCUUCGCUGACAACGAGACUGCGGAUGGGCAGACCCACGUGUUGGUGAGUGAGAGAACAGAGGCCUUCACCACCGCCCGCAACCUCCUGGCUUCAGGAGCAGAUGCCAUCGAGAGGAUCAUGUCCUCCUACAAAGAGGUCACGGAACUGGCAGGUUACACGGCACGUGUCCACAAUCUGUUCCUGGUGUUUGGGGAGGUACAGAGAGGCGUGUACAAGCGCUCAUCAGGGUCGGUCUCAACAGGGGAGAAGAAAUCAGCGAGGCCAGAGAUGCACAUAGAUGGACCCCUGGAGAUCAAAGGGAAGGUGAUAGAUGUGGACCAGGGCAUCAUGUGUGAGAGCGUCCCUAUCAUCACCCCCAACGGAGAUGUGGUGGUGUCCAGACUCAACCUCAAGGUGGAGGAGGGGAUGCACCUGCUGAUCACGGGUCCUAAUGGCUGUGGAAAGAGCUCUCUGUUCAGGAUCCUCAGCGGUCUCUGGCCUGUCUACGGAGGACUGCUGCACAAACCCUCGCCCCAGCACAUGUUCUACAUCCCACAGAGACCCUACAUGUCCAUUGGUACUCUGAGGGAUCAGGUGAUCUACCCAGACUCCCUGGAGGACAUGCAUGAGAGAGGCCUCGGGGACAAGGACCUGGAGGCAAUCCUGGACAUAGUCAACCUCAACCAGAUCGUCACCCGUGAGGGAGGCUGGGAUGCAGAGAUGGACUGGAAGGAUGUGCUAUCUGGAGGAGAGAAGCAGAGGAUGGGGAUGGCCCGCAUGUUUUACCACCGGCCCAAAUACGCCCUGCUGGAUGAGUGCACCAGCGCUGUGAGCAUCGACGUGGAGGGGAAGAUAUUCCAGGCUGCAAAGGAUUCUGGGAUCUCGCUUUUAUCGAUCACCCACAGGCCCUCCCUCUGGAAGUACCACACUCACUUGCUUCAGUUUGACGGCGAGGGCGGAUGACGGUUUGAGCAGCUGGACACCGCUACACGCCUCUCGCUCACGGAGGAAAAGCAACGUCUCGAAUCCCAGCUGGCAGGAAUUCCUAAGAUGCAACACAGACUCAAUGAGCUCUGCAAGAUUCUGGGAGAAGACUCUGUUCUGAAAACUACAGAUGAGGCAGAGGAGUAACAAUGAGAUAACGAGAGAGAGAGAGAGAGAGAGAGAGAGAGAGAGAGAGAGAGAGAGACAGAGGGAGGGAGGGAGGGAGGGAGCGAGAGGGAGAGGGGGAGGAGAGAUACAGAAACAAGGCUCAGAUCAGUUAAAGUAUUAUGUUUCUUUUCUACACACACCAACAAGAACAUACUGUAUGUCUGUAUGUUGAUAAAGCAUUUUGAUGACA